GUAGGUUGUAGGGUAGGCCCUUCGGCACUUUUUGGUGGAGUGUGAGAGCACGGGGGUGGGUCACGACACGGGAACCGCCGACGAUGGAAAAACGGGACCCAUCAACGAGAGCUUCAUCGAGCAGCUCCAACGCCACCACUCAUCACUUCGACGAGCCCACGACCGCCAAACCCGCCACUCCCGACAUCUCGACUCGAUCCCAGGUCGCGACCGUCCACCAAAUCACUCAGGAUGUCGCAGAACAACUGGCAGGACGAGGCCAUGCGCCGCCUUCGCCAGAUGCAGCAGACGAGCGGCCGAGGUGGCGGCCCCAAGAUGCCCCGAGCAGCUGGCGGUGCCCUCGCCGGCGGCAUUCUGCUGGCCGGCGGUGCGAUGCUGCUGUCCAACUCGCUCUUCAACGUUGACGGUGGUCAGCGCGCCAUCAAGUACCAGAGGCUCAGCGGCGUGAGCAAGGAGAUCUACAACGAAGGAACGCACAUCAACAUCCCCUGGUUCGAGACCCCGAUCGUGUACGACGUGCGAGCGAAGCCGCGCAAUGUGGCCUCGCUGACUGGCACCAAGGAUCUGCAGAUGGUUAACAUUACCUGCCGUGUGCUCUCCCGGCCCCGGAUUGAGGCUCUGCCCCAGAUCUACCGCACCCUGGGUGUGGACUACGACGAGCGAGUGCUGCCCUCGAUUGUGAAUGAGGUGUUGAAGAGCGUCGUUGCCCAGUUCAACGCCAGCCAGUUGAUCACCCAGCGAGAGAUGGUCGCCAAGCUGGUGCGAGAGAACCUCUCUCGACGAGCUGCCCGAUUCAACAUUCUCCUUGACGAUGUCUCUCUGACUCACCUCGCCUUCUCCCCCGAAUUCACCGCCGCCGUCGAAGCCAAGCAAGUCGCCCAACAGGAGGCCCAGCGCGCUGCCUUCAUCGUGGACAAGGCCCGACAGGAGAAGCAGGCCAUGGUUGUCAAGGCACAGGGUGAGGCCCGCUCCGCCGAGCUGAUUGGUGAGGCCAUCAAGAAGAACAAGGCGUACGUGGAGCUCAAGAAGAUUGAGAACGCCCGGCUCAUCGCCCAGCAAAUGCAAGAGUCUGGGUCCAAGAACCGGCUGCUGCUGGACUCUGAGGGCCUGGGGCUCAACGUUUUUGAGAUGCCCGAGAAGAACAACUAAGCGGGGUGGCAGUGAUGAAAUGGAGGGGAAGAGGAACAGGGAUAAGGAAAUGGGAGUCCCGGGGUUUGCUACGAAUCUCCACUGUAUGUUUACCGCGAGGAUGGAAUGUAUUAUAGGAAUACCAGGCAGCAAAGACUACCUAAUCCAACCUUUUUAUGAAA